AUGAUUUACGGUGACCGUGCAACUACCAACUCCAACUGCUGGUGGGGGUGGGCACGCGGUGGGCGCGGGAGGGGGGGGGGGGGUUGGCGGGGGGGGGGCGCCGGGGGAGGCCGAAGCCCCGCAGGUGCGGAGAGUCGGGCCGUGGGUGGCGGGGGCGCGCAAAUCUCCCCCGAAGGGGGGGCGGGGGGGGACACACUGUUGAGGGUAAGGGUGCUCUGGGGGCGCCUGGCGCGGCUACGGUACGCGUCGAGCGCGGGUGGGGGGGCGGGGAGGGGCGGGGGGUGGCGUACGGAGGGUGAGGCGGUGCGGGGCGGCGGCGGGGGGGGUCGAGCGGCGGCGGCGGCGGGGAGGCUCAGCCGCGCCGGGGGGGGGGGGGGCGGGGCAGGACGGAGGGCGGCCGGGAGGAUAGUGAGGGCGGGAAAUCUGCGCGGUUGGGGGGGCUGGGGGGGGGACGGGCUCGGAAUUUGGGCGGGCGCGAGGGUGGGGGGGGGAAGUGGCGGGUGGGGGGAGGGGUGCGGGGGGCGGUCAAAUGUGGCGCGUGGGAGCGCGAGGGGUGAGGUUGAGUUCACAAUACGGCCGGGGGGGGGACGAGGGGCGCGGGGGGGGGGGGUAGCGGGUGGGGGGGCGUGA